AUGGGCAAAGUCUCCAAAGGCAAGCAGACCAAAGCGUUCCUCAAAAAAGGGCUCUUGUCCGGCCAGAUCAAGAAACGGCACGAGGUCAAGGCGUUCAAACAAAAAGUGAAGGGGAGGCAGGUCAAGAGGAACAGGAGGGCUGAUGAUGCAAAGCCAGCUGACGAGGACAACGACGACGGAGAGGACAGUUUGGAUGAAGAGGCGGGUAACCGAGCCAAAGAGAGCGAGGACGAGGACGAGGACGAGGACGAGGACGAGGACGAGGAUGAGAUCGACGUCGAGGACGUCUUGGGCGCCGAUGGGUUCCAGAACGAUGAUCAGGUCCGUCACAGCAGAUGCGAUUCGGUGUCUUUUGCCCAAACUGAAACCAUUAUCCCCCCACAGAGCGGCGACGGCGACGACGACGACGACGAUCUCGCGCUCGAGGACGACGACUUGUCCAAUCUCGGCUCCGAUUCCGACAACGAGACCGCUUCAGGCUCGGGCAAACGAUCCCACGUCGCCGAUCUCAAGGCUUUGGCCGAGAAGGACCCCGAUUUUUUCAAGUACUUGCAGGAGAACGACGCUGAAUUGCUCCAGUUCAACGAGGACGAGGAUGAGCAGGACGACGAUGACCAAGAAGAACACGAUGAGGACGACGACGAUGAGGAUGAGCAAGACACCAACAGUCGAGGCAAAAAAGUCGAAAGGAAGGAGAAGCCAGCACCCGUAUUGACGCCCGAAAUUCUCAGGAAAUGGCAGAAAUCCAUCCUGCAGGUCAGUCUUGUCAGCCCGAGGCGUCCGAACCCUGGACUGAUCACGUUUCUCCCUCCCCAGACCCGCUCGAUCCGCUCGCUCAAGAAACUCUUGCUCGCCUUCCGAUCCGCCGCAACGACCGGAUCGCACCAGACCUCACUCCAAGGUGCACGCUGGGAGAUCCAAUCGCCCAAAGUGUUCCACAAUCUCAUCAUCGCCUCGCUCAAAUUCACCCCGGUGACUCUAUCCUCUGCCGUGCCGUACAAGGAAAAGGACGGCAAAUACAAGCUCGCGACCAACACGAAAGCCUAUGCGUCGGCCCAACGACUGAUCAAGUCCUACUUUGUUUCCUUGCAAGCCCUCUUGGGCAGCGUGUCGACUUCUUCGGGGAUCCCUUCGGUCGCGGUGAACGAGUCGUCCAAGCUGGUGCCCUAUAUCGUAGGCAAUCGCAAGAUCGCUCGAGCAUGGGUCAAGCUCUUGCUCUCGUUGUACGAAUCCUCGACCGACGAAGUGCGCGUCGCAGCUUUCCUCGGCCUUCGUAAACUUGCCAUCGCUUCCGACCACAGUCUGCGUGAAUCCGUUCUCAAAGGCGUCUACGCGACCUUUUUGAGCUCGUCAAAGACGACGAACGUGCAUUCGUUGCCGAGUCUGAACCUGAUGAAGAACGCGGCGAGUCAGUUGUUCUUGAUCGAGGGGAAACAGGAGCAGGAGUUGGUGUACCAGUUGACGUUUGGGUACGUGAGGAUGUUGGCCAUGUUGUUGAGGAAGGCCGUCAAGGAGGGGUCCAAGGUGGGCCGAAUACUCUCACCAUUCUCGGAGGAAAGCUGUGCUAAUCUGACACGUUUCGAUCCAGGACUCGUUCAAAUCGGUCUACAACUGGCAGUUCGUACACGCCUUUGACUUUUGGUCGAUCGUGCUCAGUUCAGCGUGCGACCUCGAACGCACGAGUUCCCAAACCCACGAGUCGCCCUUACGCCAACUGUUGUACCCGUUGAUCCAAGUCGGUCAAGGCGCGAUCCGCCUCGUGCCUACCUCGCGUUACUUCCCCCUACGCUUCCACCUCAUCCGAUCCCUCCUGCGCAUCGUCCAAAAAACGGGAGUCUACAUCCCGCUCGCGACGAGCCUCUUCGAAGUCCUCGAUUCCCCCGAGUUGGGAGGAACGUCCCCAACAGGUCUGGCGGCCAGGGCCUUGAAGCGAUCUACUUUGAAACCGUUGGAUUUCGAGUUGUACCUCAAGGCGCCUUCGAAAUACCCCAAGACGAGGGUGUACGCCGAUGGGUUGGCGGAUGAGGUCGUACAUCUCUUAGGAGAGUACCUCACGGCGUGGUCGACCUCGAUCGCGUUCCCCGAAUGGAGUCUACCUUGCAUCGUCACGCUCAAGAGGCACGCUAAAAAGACGCGGCAAGCCAAAUUAGGGACGUUGAUCAAGGUCUUGGUCGACAAGACGGAGAUGAAUGCCAAGUGGAUCGAAGGGGAGAGGGAAAAGAUCGAGUUUGCGCCGAUGCAGAGGGACAAGGUGGAGAGAUUCUUGUUGGGGUUCGAGAAGGAGAAGACGCCUUUAGGCGGUUGGAUGAGGUUGCAGAGGAAGGUGAGGGAGAGGACGAGGGAGAUGGUGGACCAAGCGGCGCGGGCCGAGGGGAUUGAGGUGGAGGAUGAGUAA